CUCACUCACUCUCCUCUGGUAGUUGUAGCAGCCAUCAACCUCCUUUCUCUAACCAGAGCAGACACUUGUCCUCUUAGAUCAUCCACCAGUCCUUCUCCCCCUUUUGGUUUCCGUUUUAGGAAGAGGAAUGGACGACUAUUUCUCAUCAGUCCUGGCAAUCUUACUGCUAUUAAUGGAAAAAGGAUUCAAAUUUCAGCCAACUAAUGAAGAAUUAAUAAGCAAGUAUCUGGUGCCGAAAACCCGUGGUGAUAUCAUGGAAGGCUUGCCCAUGGCAGUCGUUAACCUUUGCGAGCAUGAGCCAUGGGAUCUACCUGGUAAAUCCAUUAUAAAGUUAGCUGGUCAAGUAACGUGGUAUUUCUUAUGCCCUCGCGAACUUAGGGGCAAAGUUCACCGCAGAAAAACAAAGGCUGGAUACUGGAAACUGACCUGCCAGCAAAAGUCAAUAACGGCUGAGGGUACUAAGAAAAAGAUUGGGGUAAUGAGGACUUUGAGAUUCUAUGAAAACGAAGUGAGGACUGGUUGGAUGAUGUACGAAUUUGACCUCAUCGCCAAUUCUAGCCAGUUUAAAAAGGGGCAAUAUGUUCUCUGUAAACUGGAGUUUGAUUCAAAAGGAGAGAAGAGCAAGAAAGGUGAACAAAGCCACCAUAUAGCUCCAGUCUCCCAUUCUGAAGUUGAACCAAGUCAGAGCAUGGAUUCUGAUUCUGAAAAUAUAAACCCAAGUGAGAUGGCUAUGAGAUAUUCACCUUGUGACGAAAGUGAAUUAAGCCAUCAUGCGGGUUCCCAAUUUGGAAAUCAAAAUCCGAGUGAGCUGAUGAAUAAUUCAGCUCGCCAACUUAGUGAGUUAAGCCACCAUAUGGCUUCUGAUUCUGAAAAUAACCUAAUGCGUAAUUUAGUUUAUGAUGGAAGUGGGUCGAGCCACCCCACGGUUUUUAAUUGUGAAGAUCUAUACUGGAAUCAGCCUACAGUUGAUUCAGCUUAUAAUGGAAGCGAAAGCCCUUACAUGGCUUUCAAUUCUGAAAAUCAAAACCCAAAUGAGCUCCUGACAGUUGAUAAUUCAGCUUCUAAUGUCAGUGAAAGUCAUCAUAUGGCUUUAGUUUUGAAAAAUCAAAAUCUAAACAAUAGCAUUUCUAUAUCAACUUGUGAGAAUUCUUUAAUGGCUUCUCGUGGUUUGGAAAAUCAAGAACCAUUCUUUCCACCUUGUAGUUUUAUAAACCAGUCAACGUAUGAUAAGAGUGAAUCAAGUAGCCUAAUGGAUUUUGAUUUUGAAAAUCAAAAUCUAGUAAAGGAAUUCACAUCAGCCUUCGGUGAAGGUGUAUGGAGUAAUACCACAGCAACUCCUCCGGAUUUUUUAAAUCAAUAUUCUUGUAAGAAGACUGAUAUAUCAACCCUUGAAGAAGGUUAUUCGAGUUACUUUAAGUCCUCUUUUUCAGAUAAUGAUCUACCUGAUGUUGCGCUUCCAGAGCAGGUAAGCCCUGGACUACAAGCAGGGAUAGAAGGGUGUUUCGAGCAAGAAAACAGCCCCAACCCUGCACUUGUCCAGCUUCCUGCGUGCAUGGAGGAAAGCCACUCCUUCAUGGGCUUUGGUACCUUGGUAUCUAAUUGAAAAGAUCUGUUCUCUGGUUCCUAUCUGCAAUUUAACAACAAAACUAUCCACACGAAAUAAUCGAUGGAGUUUAUUAUAUAUGGUUUAAGAGGGCAACUACUGAUGCUCCUCUACUCUGAUAAUGAGGGUAACUUUUGUCGCUCUAGUUGUUUGGAUCCUUGCACGGUUGCUGAUCUGCACAUUUUGCCCACUUUAUGGUGGACGCUGCUUAGUUCGACUUCGUCCAGUCCAUGCAGCUUUAAGCUGCAAUCCUCUAAAAUAUAGCCUGCGCUGUCCUAAAUCUGCAGCUAUAUUCGUAGAAAGAUUUGAGUACUAGUAGCAGAAGACACGACUUGUUCUCUGCGAUCCUGAUGCAACUGUUAUCCGCCAAGUACUAAGAUAUUAAAUGGGAAGUACUAUUCAAGCUGUACGCACGUAUGUAUAGUUACUUGCUUCUUAUUGUUGUGUUGUAUGAAGGUGGAAUUGUGUCAAGAGAAAACAGCUCUUAUGGACUCUGUAUCUACGUGUCAGUGUGUUUCAAAGAUGUUGAACAAAAGUACUUAUGUUUGAUUAA